UAUCUACUUGUUCGUGACGUUCAACGCAACUUUUUUGUUUAUGUUUAUACUAAAAGCAAAAAGAGCAGAAAUUUAGUUUUUUUGUGGAUUUCUACUUAACGAAAACUUAAGAGAAGACUUCAAGACUCCUUGGAGAUUAGAAGAAUAGAGAGUUGAUCGUUUUUAUAUUUUCAAAAGAAUCAGGAGAACGCUAUCCUGCCCUAAUGAUGAGCAGCAGCAACAUGGAAGAUUCAGGAGUUGAACUUUUAACAUCAAGUAAAGGAAAGGCCAUCCUGGCCCUCGAUGGCUAUCAGUAUCGUAUCCAUCGAAGAUGUGGCGAUCACAUUAGAUGGCUGUGCACUCGAGAAAGGAAAUUGAAUUGCAGAGGAACCAUAAAGACGGACUACAACUAUGUUAUUCUGAGCAAAAUAGAUCAUACUAGUUGCGUACCGGAUAAGCUGGAGAUCAUAAUAAGGAAAGCCAUGAAUCAGUGCAAAAAUAGAGUCAUCAAAGAACUGUCCACACCAGUGGCAAAAAUAUACAAAGAAGAAUUAGAUAAAUUCAAUGAGACUAACUCGAGUUUGGGUAUUACACUUCCGUUAUAUAAUAAUGUUAAGACACACUUAUGUCAGGCAAGGAGGGCAGUUGUUCAGAAGCUUAAGAAAGGCGAAAACAUUGACAUGAAUUCAACAAUACUCCAACUUACUGACUUAGAUAAUCUUCAGUGCCUUUCAAACAUGAAGAAUGUAACUUCUGGAAGAAAGAGCUCGCUUUCAAGUAAAGCUGUUGAAGCUCAAAGAUCGUGGGCUUUUCAAUGUGAAAAAUGUGGAAUGACAUCAAAAACAAAGAAUGAUCUUGUGCGUCACAUGCAAACAGUUCACCUAGAAAAGGAAACUGCCGUUCAAACACCUCAAAAGUCUUCCAGAAGUAAAGUAGUAGUGCCUGUUAUAAAGGACGUCUUUUCCAGGCACGAUGUUAGUUCAUCUUCUGAACAAUCUUCAUCGUCUGAAGUAAGCGUAAAAGGAGUCGAAAGUAUUCACGACGUACAAGGACCAGAAAUUAUUAAUCAGAGCUGUCUCCUUUAAUUGCGAAGAACAUCGUGAACGGACAACUGUUUGUAAUUGCUGACCUAUCAAACACCAUAAAUUUCAACAUAGGACCCUUGUAAAUUUGGAGUCGUUGCAGAUGUAAGAUGAACCAUGAGAAAAAAGUAUUAAUCUUCAGAGAUUCUUCUUAAUACUAAAAACUUCUGGAUCUAAUUUUGGAGAUCUUUUACUUAAUUUAAUAGACUUGAAAUGAUCUGUAAACUUACUGAACUAAUGACUAAAAUAAAAACGUGCAAAACAUUGAA